CCAGCGUACCGAAAUUUCGGUUUGAUUUUGCCAAUUUAACAUCCCUAAAUUAAUAAAUUUACUUAUGGAAGGGUAUUUUCAUAAGAUAAUACCCAAACAAAUGGGGUUUUUCGUAAUUUGACCAUAACUGAAGGUUAUGGCCGUAAUUUGCGCAAAUUUUAAUCAAGAACAGAAGUUUCUUUCCUAGUACAAAAGCUAGGUAGCCAUCGUCGUCCUCAAGUAAUCCCCGCUGCAAAUAAUCCCUCAUUUUUUUUUCACUCUAAGAAGCCAUGGGAAUCGUCGCCUCCAAAAAACCACCUCCCAAACCCAACCCUUACGCCAGAAGAGAUCCCUCCGAAUAUUCAAACCCGCCGCCAACCACCACGCUAACGCCGUCUGCGGCGGCGGCGGCGGAGGAGAAGACGGAGUUGGAUAAGAGAUUUGGUUUUUCCACGAAGUUUGCGAGCAGGUUCGAAAUAAUGGAAGAGGUGAGGCAGGGGCAUUUUGGGUACACGUGCUCCGCCAUUGCCAAGAAGGGUGAGCUUAAAGGCCAUAAAAUCACUGUCAAGAUCAUUCCCAAAUCUAAGAUUACGACAGCUAUUGCUAUCGAAGCCGUUAGAAGAGAGGUCGAAAUAUUGCGUGUAUUGACGGGACACCCUAAUACCGUACAAUUUUACGAUGCCUAUGAAGAUGUUGAUAAUGUCUAUCUAGUAACGGAGUUGUGUGAGGGGGAAGAGCUCCUAGAUAAGAUAAUAAGGAGAAACGAGAAAUACUCGGAAGAUAAUGCAAAAGAAGUUAUUGUACAGAUUCUAAAUGUCGUAGCUUUUUGCCAUCUCCAAUGCAUAGUGCACUGCGAUAUUAAACCAGAGAAUUUUAUAUUCACAUCCAAAGAUGAAAAUUCCGAGUUAAAAGCGAUUGAUUUUGGACUAUCAGUUUUUCUCACACCAGAUGAAAAGCUCACUGAAAUUGUUGGAAGCGCAUAUUAUGUUGCGCCCGAAAUUCUACAAAGAUCGUACGGUAGAGAGGCAGAUAUAUGGAGUACAGGUGUUAUAGCGUAUAUUCUUCUAUGUGGGACCCGCCCCUUUCGAGAAGUUACAAAAGCUGAUCCGAGUUUCGAAGAAAAUGAUUGGGUUUCGGUUUCUUGCGAAUCGAAGGAUUUUGUGCGGCGCCUAUUGUGUGAAGACCCUAUGAGAAGAAUAACUGCUGCUCAGGCUCUAUGUCAUCCAUGGCUACGAAAUCACGUUAAAGUCAAACUCCCGAUUGAUGUUCUUAUAUUGACACUCAUGAAAGAGUAUAUGCGAUCGUCAUCUUUGCGUAAGGCUGCCUUAAGGGCCUUGUCGAAGACAUUAACAGAAGAUGAACUCUUUUAUCUUAAGGAGCAAUUCUCUUUGUUGUGUCCAGAUGCAAAUGGAGGCAUUACUCUUCAGACCAUCAAAAUGGCGUUGACAAAAAAUGCUACAGCAGCAGUUAACGGGUCUCGUGUUCUCGAUUUCCUUGAUCCACUAAACGCACUGCAAUAUAGAAGGAUGUAUUUUGGAGAGUUCUGUACAGCUGCUAUAAGUGUCCGACAAAUGGAUGCACUCGACAAUUGGGAAAAACGAGCUCGCUCUGCGUACGAUAUAUUUGAGAAAGAUGGAAACAGGGCAAUUGUUAUCCAUGAACUAGCAUCAGAACUGGGGCUUAGUCCUUCUGUUCCGGUUCAUACCGUUCUUCGAGAGUGGAUAAGGCACGGUGAUGGGAAACUCAACUUUCAUGGCUUUGUGAAACUAUUGCAUUGAAACACGCCGAAUUCUUGAUGAAGACAGAACCGAAAUAAAUAAUUCUUUCGACUAUAGUAAAUAUCAUAUUGCCAAGAAUUUUAACCGAUAUUCCUUACCACAUUUUUUACACCGUGUGCUUGAGGAACUUGUAACUUGUAACUACUACAAGCGAACGAGGUUCCAAAAUUGUCGAAUUCAGAAAUUAAUUUGUAGGAGGUCCACAAAAUGAGACCGUAUCAUCAUCUUUGUUACCUAAGAAUCAAGAAAGAACCAAAAGACGUAUA